AUGUCUUCUCACAUGAUGAGAGCGUUGGCCGCCGCCGCCAUGUUGGCGAUGGCCCAAGCCCAAGGUGUCAUUCUUGCCGCGCAAGGCCCUAACGGCCCUGCCAGUCCAGGUCUUCUAGUCGAUGCAAACAAGGCGGAUGCAAACAUCAUCAACCAGAAGGAAAUUGUGGAUAACGUUGUCAACGAGUGCGGCCGAACCAUUCUCGCGGGCAACAUCGAUAUCGGCGAGACCACAGAGGCCCAGCUGGGCAACAACACCGUCACUAAGGUCACGAAGGGCUCCAAUGUCGACGUCACCAUCGCCCAGGUCAGCGCGGACGGCGCCGGCCCUUACAGUUGCGAUCUCGACUUGACUAGCAACGCCAACGGUGCCACGGGUCAGACGAAGCUUCAGGUACAAGAAGCAGGGGCCCAGAGCGGACAGAUCAAGCUCAAGGUCACGAUGCCGGAUGAUUUGGCUUGCGUAGGAGCCUCCACCGGUGACGUCUGCACUGUCCGCUGCUUCAACGACAACGCGAAGGGUCCCUUUGGCGGCUGCUUCGCUGUUCAGCAGACCGAUACGAAGCCCAAGCAGAACACCCCGGCCAACAUUCCCACCGCUCAGACCCUCGACGGUGUUCUGAAGCAGGUCCAGCAGAACAUUGUCGACCUCCCCGCCGCUGUCAAGUCGAACCAGGAAGCCAAGACUCAGGACGAUCAGGGUGUUACCGCCAUCAAGGAGCUCCUCGGCAACAACGCCACCCAAGAGGCUGCCGGCCCUGCCGGCUCCGGUGCCAACACCGGCAAUAACAACAACAACAACAACAACAACAAUAACGGCAACAACAACAAUGGCAAUGCGAACGCCGGCAAUGGUAAUGGAAGACAGAAGGGCAAGGGCAACCGCAAUGGCAAUAACAAUGCCAACAACGGCGGCGCUGCGGCCGGCGGCAACGCCAACGCUGGCAACAACAAUGCUAAUACCGGCAACAACAACAACAACAACAACAACGCCAACACCGGAAACAACAAUGCCAACACUGGAAACAACAAUGCCAACACUGGAAACACCAAUGCUAACACCGGCAACACGAACGCCAACACGGGCAAUAACAACGCCAACGCCGGGAACAACGGAGGCAACGGACGUACCCGGGGCAAGAACAACAACGGCGGUGCCAACACCAACGCCCAGAACGGCGGCAAUGCCCAGACGGUUGGCAACAACGGUAAUGGCAACGCCAACGCCAAUGCCAACGGAAACAACAACGCACUGCCUUUGGCAACUGUUGGAAAGGGCAACGGUAACCGCCAGAACCAGCAGAACGGCAACAACAACAAGCGUGUUGAGACACCAGAUGCCGUGCUCCGCACGCGCUGGGCCAGAAGAAACCUUCGCCGCCGCGCCGACUAA